GAUCGCGGGGUUGGGGGGAAGGCGGCACCUCCGGCUCCCUCCGCUGGGGCUCCCCCAGUGCCGGGAGCGGCCUGAAUGGGCGGUGGCUAGGGAGCGGGGGGCUUCUUUCUUGGCGCCCUGUUUUCUGGAAAGCCGGGGGCGUCUUUUGAGGUGGUGGCUUGAACAGGACAGGAGCCACCCCAAAGAAGUGGCUCUCAGUUAAAUACAGAGUUUGGGAGUUGUUGGGGCAACAGCCCCAUCCUUUUCAGAGGAACUGGGCUUUUUCGAAGGAGACAGCCCUGGUGUUGGAGAGGCCGGGGCGGCUUGAGGUGGAGCCCCUCUCCCUGGGAGCUGCGUGUGUCUAGAGAGAUGGAUACCACAAUGCUGAAUUUGCGGAAUCUGUUUGAGCAGCUUGUCCGCCGGGUGGAGAUUCUCAGUGAAGGAAAUGAACUCCAAUUCAUCCAGUUGGCAAAGGACUUUGAGGAUUUCCGUAAAAAGUGGCAGAGAACAGACCAUGAGCUGGGGAAAUACAAGGAUCUUUUGAUGAAAGCAGAGACUGAGCGUAGCGCUCUGGAUGUUAAGCUGAAGCAUGCACGCAAUCAGGUGGAUGUAGAGAUCAAACGGAGACAGCGAGCGGAGGCUGACUGUGAAAAGCUGGAAAGACAGAUUCAGCUGAUUCGAGAGAUGCUCAUGUGUGACACAUCUGGCAGCAUUCAACUAAGCGAGGAGCAAAAAUCAGCUCUGGCUUUUCUCAACAGAGGCCAACCAUUCAGCGGCAAUGCUGGGAACAAAAGACUGUCAACCAUUGAUGAAUCUGGUUCCAUUUUAUCAGAUAUCAGCUUUGACAAGACUGAUGAAUCCCUGGAUUGGGAUUCUUCUUUGGUAAAGACUUUCAAACUGAAGAAGAGAGAAAAGAGGCGCUCUAGUAGCAGACAGUUCAUUGAUGGUCCCCCUGGACCUAUAAAGAAAACUCGUUCCAUUGAGUCCACAGCAGACCAGGGGAAUGAAUCCAUUGUUGCAAAAACUACAGUGACCGUUCCCAAUGAUGGCGGUCCCAUUGAAGCCGUGUCCACUAUUGAGACUGUGCCAUAUUGGACGAGAAGCCGAAGGAAAACAGGUGCUUUACAGCCUUGGAACAGUGACUCCACCUUGAGCAGCAGGCAGCUGGAGCCAAGAACCGAGACAGACAGUUCCAGCACUCCACAGGGUAACGGAGGGAUGCGCCUGCAUGACUUUGUCUCUAAGACGGUUAUUAAACCUGAAUCUUGUGUGCCAUGUGGAAAGCGGAUAAAAUUUGGCAAGCUGUCUCUGAAGUGUCGAGACUGUCGUGUGGUCUCUCAUCCAGAAUGUCGGGACCGCUGUCCCCUUCCCUGCAUUCCUACCCUGAUAGGAACACCUGUCAAGAUUGGAGAGGGAAUGCUGGCAGAUUAUGUGUCCCAGACUUCUCCAAUGAUCCCCUCCAUUGUUGUCCACUGCGUAAAUGAGAUUGAGCAGAGAGGGCUGACCGAGACAGGCCUGUAUCGGAUCUCAGGCUGUGACCGGACAGUAAAAGAGCUGAAAGAGAAAUUCCUCAGAGUGAAAACUGUACCCCUCCUCAGCAAAGUGGACGACAUCCAUGCUAUCUGUAGCCUCCUGAAAGACUUCCUUCGAAACCUCAAAGAACCCCUUCUAACUUUCCGGCUCAACAAGACCUUUAUGGAAGCAGCAGAGAUCGCAGAUGAGGACAACAGCAUAGCUGCCAUGUACCAGGCUGUGGGUGAACUGCCCCAGGCCAACAGAGACACAUUAGCAUUUCUCAUGAUUCACUUGCAGAGAGUGGCUCAGAGUCCAAACACUAAAAUGGAUGUUGCCAAUCUGGCUAAAGUCUUUGGCCCUACAAUUGUCGCCCAUGCUGUGCCCAAUCCAGAUCCAGUGAUAAUGUUACAGGAUAUCAAGCGUCAGCCCAAGGUGGUAGAGCGCCUGCUUUCACUGCCGCUGGAGUACUGGAGUCAGUUCAUGAUGGUGGAACAAGAAAACAUUGACCCCAUGCAUGUCAUUGAAAACUCCAACGCUUUUUCAACACCACAGACACCAGACAUUAAAGUGAGUUUACUGGGGCCUGUGACCACUCCCGAGCAUCAGCUCCUCAAGACUCCUUCCUCCAGCUCCCUGUCGCAGCGAGUCCGCUCCACCCUCACCAAGAACACUCCCAGAUUUGGGAGCAAAAGCAAGUCUGCCACCAACCUAGCACGACAAGGCAACUUUUUUGCUUCUCCAAUGCUCAAGUGAAGUCACAUCUGCUGUUCCCUUCCAGCGUUGACUGACUGCAAGGAAGAGUGCACCUGUGCUCUCCUCAGCCUCCUGUACUCAUUACUACUUUUAGCAUUCUCCAGGCUUUUAAUCAAGUUUAAUUGUGCAUGGGGGUUUUAUUAAAACUAUAUAUAUCUCCCUCUCCUUCUCCUCAAGUAACGUAAUAUCCACGCCUGUGCUGUCAUUGCUGGAGCUUUUAGUUGGGAGAUCUGUACAGGGGUGGAAGGGUGGUAUGGAAGUCAUGGUGAUUCUUUAGGGGGCUGGGGGGCAUCCCUUUGGCUUAAAGCCAAAUGUUGCUCAUGGAAUGACCUUUCUCUGGUGUCAUUUAGAACUAAUUUCCCUGAGACAAUGACAGAAGCCCUACCUCUGGUAAGACUGACGUCUCGGGGUGGGAAGAGGGAGGGGAGGGUAAAGAAAGGUUUGCACAGAGGAUUUAGGAUGGCUCGUUCUGAGAACUUGGAAGUUCCCCUUCCCCCAUUAUGAACUGAGCUGUAACAUGGAGCCUUCAUAAAAAUGCAAUAGAGUGAGGAUGGAACUGAUGAUGGGAGUAUGCUUAGCUUUAAAUUGGAUUGAUUAGGUUUAAUAGUAUGAAGUGGCACAACCUUGUAAAAGUGAUACUACAACUUGUAUUUAUCUCCAGUGGGCCUCUGGGUGGACUUUGGGUUUCGUUGGGGGUCAAAGCCAUUUUGUUCUUAAGUUGAAUUCAUUCUGAUGCUUGACCCCCCUACCCCUGCCUUGUCCAUUAGAGUCCCACUUCUAAAGUCAGUAUGCUGUCUAUUUGGCAUUUCAACUAACAAUUAAAAGUAGGCUAAACGGGAAGAUUGUCAAUAUUUUGUGUGGCAAGAAAAGCCACAGUCAUUUUGUCUUUGCACUUUGGAUGCUGAGAUCUUCCUGUGGAACGUAGCCACAUCUAGAUACAUGUAAGCUUUUCUUCUAUUAAAAUUAUUUCCAAUGUCUAUAAAAACGCUUUCUUCUAUAGAAUGUUUCUGACCCAUAGUGACCCUUGUCUGUAAAACACGUUUGGAAUAAUAUUUGGAAAAAAGUAAAUAGUUUUUUCAAAAUG